GCGGUGAAUUUGAAUCAAGCCACGCCCCUGUGGUGGGGGUGAGUGGCGUUUUCACUACUCAAAAUCCGGAAAUUAAAGGUGUGACAACGUGCAAUCAAUUGCGUGUGGGUGACGCCUAGAACAUGAAACAAAAGUUUUAUUUGAAAAAGGAUGACAUUUCUUGGGGAGCGGCCCCAUCAAGGCGCGGUCGAACGCAAUAUUACGUGCCCCAGUUAAAAUUGUAAUUUUUAUCGCUCGUAUUAUUGUUUCAUUUUCCUCGUAAAGUUAGUAACACACAGCUUUAUCGGCUAAUUCUUAUCGUAAUUAGAGAGAUAAGUCCAAGAUGAGUUGACAAAGUUGGUUUCAAACGCAGGGUGGCCUCUGAGGGGAGUUCACGAGACGGAUGCCAGCUCAGAACAUAGAACUCGGACGUCUUUCAGCAAGUCCCGAAGCAGCGGCCCCAGAUGAAGAAGAUGGAACAGCAUCGUCGUCGGCUUUGGAUCGCGAAACCGAAGCUGGGGAUGUGCAUGCACCCACCGAUGAUCGUGUGAUUUUUAUCAAUCGAGCACAACCACCGGUACCAAAGUUUGUAAACAAUAGAAUUUCGACUGCUAAAUAUAGUAUUCUACGUUUCAUUCCGUUGUUCCUUUUUGAACAGUUUCGGAGAUGGGCGAAUAUUUUUUUUCUUAUGAUUGCCCUAUUGCAACAAAUACCGGACGUGUCUCCGACUGGACGCUACACCACACUAGUGCCUCUUAUUUUCAUUCUUUCAGUGUCAGCUAUCAAGGAGAUAAUCGAAGACAUCAAACGACACCGAGCUGACGACGAAACCAACCACCGCAAAAUCGAAGUUCUAAGAGGCGAAAAUUGGAUUUCCGUCCGCUGGAUGGACGUCAUAGUCGGCGAUAUCGUCAAAGUCCUCAACAAUACAUUUUUUCCCGCAGAUCUCGUCCUUUUAUCGUCUAGCGAACCACAAGGCAUGAGUUUUAUCGAAACGGCGAAUCUGGACGGCGAAACCAACCUAAAAAUCCGCCAAGCCCUUCCAAGCACAGCUAAACUAACGGCAAUUAACGACCUUAAAAGUCUCUCGGGGACGAUCGAAUGCGAACCACCCAAUAAACAUUUAUACGAAUUUAACGGCGUUCUCAAAGAGACCAAUAAAAUUGCGGAGCCUUUAGGACCCGACCAGAUUUUAUUACGUGGCGCUAUGUUACGUAACACUUCGUGGAUCUUCGGCAUUGUUAUAUACACCGGACAUGAGACCAAACUUAUGAGAAACUCAACCACGGCCCCCUUGAAACGCUCAAGUGUGGACAAACUAACCAACAUCCAGAUUUUGCUACUUUUCGCCAUUUUAUUCAUCAUGUGUCUAGUCAGCGCCAUCUUUAACGUGAUUUGGAACAACAACAACAAGAGUGCGAAUAGUUACAUUGGUGGUGAAGCCAAUUCGACCCAAAAUUUCGCCUACAAUCUCCUCACUUUCCUGAUUCUUUUCAAUAAUCUUAUCCCGAUUUCGUUGCAAGUCACACUUGAAGUUGUGCGUUUUAUCCAAGCCAUUUUUAUCAACAUGGACAUUAAAAUGUAUCACGCUGAAAGUGACACACCGGCAAUGGCACGCACUUCAAACCUGAACGAAGAGCUCGGACAGGUCAAGUAUAUUUUUUCCGAUAAAACUGGUACUUUGACUCGGAACGUGAUGGAGUUUAAGAGGUGUGCCAUAGGGCAUGAUGUGUACGAUUCGCGUGCUGAUAGUCCAGAGGACGCUCUCAUAGUCCAACAUUUGAGGCAAGACCACAAAAAUGCCCCACUAAUCAAAGAAUUGCUCGUGUUAUUGUCAGUCUGUCAUACGGUAAUUCCGGAAAAAAUGCCCGAUGGUAGUAUAGUCUACCAUGCAGCUUCGCCCGACGAACGGGCUCUUGUUUACGGUGCUUGCCGUUUCGGUUACGUUUUCCAAAGCCGAACGCCCAAUUAUGUGGAAAUCGACGCUUUGGGGGUAACAGAACGUUACGAAAUUCUAUCAGUUUUGGAAUUCUCCUCGGCCAGGAAACGCAUGUCGGUCAUAGUUAAAGACCCGUCCGGUAAAAUAAAACUCUUCUGCAAGGGGGCUGACACCGUGAUUUAUGAGCGUCUUGAUGCUUCUGGGCGUGAACAUGGCGAGUUGCUUCUCCAACAUUUGGAAAGUUUUGCCACAGAAGGGUUACGAACGUUGUGUUGUGCUGUAGCAGAAUUGAAAAAGUCCGAGUAUGAGGACUGGAAACAGUUGUAUCAUAAGGCGACGAUUUCGAUGCAACAUCGCGAAGAAAAGAUUGAAGAAGCGGCGAAUUUGAUUGAGAGGAAGUUGAAGUUGAUUGGAGCCACGGCUAUUGAGGAUAAGUUGCAAGAUGGGGUGCCGGAAGCGAUAGCGACGCUGUUGAAGGCGGAUAUAAAUAUAUGGGUCCUGACAGGGGAUAAGCAAGAGACGGCGAUCAAUAUCGGGUAUUCGUGUCGGCUGUUGUCACAUGGGAUGCAGCAUAUUAUUCUGAACGAGGAAGGUUUGGACAGCACUCGCGAGUCAAUUUUGCGCCACAACGCCGAACUGGGCGAGAACCUGCAGCGCCAGAACGAAAUCGCGCUCAUAAUCGACGGCAAAACCCUGAAAUACGCCCUGAGUUGCGAACUGCGCAACGACUUCCUCCAGCUCUGCAUCUCGUGCAAGGUGGUCAUCUGUUGCCGUGUUUCCCCGAUGCAAAAAGCCGAAGUCGUCGAAUACGUCACCAAAUACACCAAAACCGUAACUCUGGCAAUCGGAGAUGGGGCAAACGACGUCGCAAUGAUCCAAAAAGCCCACGUUGGAGUGGGCAUAUCAGGUGCAGAGGGGCUUCAAGCCGCUUGCGCCUCCGACUACAGUAUAGCACAAUUCCGGUUUUUGUUACGUUUGUUGCUAGUGCACGGCGCGUGGAAUUACUCGCGUAUGUGCAAGUUGAUUUUGUAUAGUUUUUAUAAAAAUAUCUGUCUUUAUGUGAUCGAGUUAUGGUUUGCGAUUUAUUCCGGCUGGUCCGGGCAGAUUUUGUUCGAACGGUGGUCGAUCGGGUUGUAUAAUGUUUUGUUUACGGCUUUGCCACCGCUGGCAAUGGGGCUGUUUGAUAAAGCGUGCAGCGAUGAAGUUAUGAUGACGCACCCGAAACUGUACAAACCGUCACAGAAUGGACAAUUGUUCAAUGUUAAGGUUUUCUGGUUGUGGGUGGUUAAUGGGAUGAUACAUUCGGCGAUUUUGUUCUGGCUGCCGUUACUGGUCUGCGAACAUGAUAUUUUGUGGAUGGCGGGGCAAGAUGGGGGCUAUCUGGUGGUCGGCAACUUUGUUUAUACAUAUGUGGUUAUAACCGUGUGUUUGAAAGCCGGUUUGGUCACGAAUUCGUGGACUUGGCUGACGCAUUGCGCCAUCUGGGGUUCGAUCGUACUUUGGUUUCUCUUCGUCACCAUCUACAGUUUGUUUUGGCCGACUGUACCAUUUGGGAGUGUUAUGACCGGGAUGUACUUAAUGUUAUUCAGCACUGCCGUCUUCUGGUUAGGAAUGUUCCUUAUACCGAUAAUUGCCAUCAUUCCAGAUUUUCUCGUCAAAGUUUGCCCCUUCUCCGUUUUUAAGCCCAAGAAGUGGUGUCCUUGUCCCAUUGUGCAAGGAACAGUUUUUAAAUCCCUAACCGACGCAGUUCGUGAAGGCGAAAUUCGCAAAACCGGGACCGAUGUAUACCGCGGCGAAUCGAAAAAUUCACUGUCCGAGACUGCCCGUUUGCUGAAGAACGUGUUUUCGCGACGGACGCCCCGGAUCGAUCUAGAAGUCGAGCUGUCACAUGGGUUUGCGUUUUCGCAAGAAGAGGGCGGCGCCGUGUCCCAAACGGCCGUCAUCAGAGCCUACGACACCAACAUUCCCAAGCCGGACGGGAUGUAGUAGGAGCCAAAAUGUGUGCUUUUCUAGCUUGUAAGUCUUGUCUCGUUUAACAGGGGAUAGCUUUCAGUGUCGUGCCAAACGAGCCGAUUUUUUUGGGGUAAUUAAAGUGUGUCAAAUUAUUACAAUCACUGUCUAGACGAGUUUAGUUGAGUAAGUCACUCUGUCACGUGCCUUUCUGAAUUUCAUUCAUUUAGUGAUAACACUUCACUGGAGAGACUUAUUUAGAAAUAGGACAGAAAUCAAAUAUUUUCGGCGAGGUUUUUUUCUACUAACUUCUAGUCUCGAAGGUUUGUAUCGGUUUUUAUUGUUAGAGUGGACGGACUGGAUUUUCUUUUCGGCCUAAACAACCAAGUGAUCUCUCCAGUCUGACUUACAGUGGGCCCAAAUAAGCAUUUCUCGGUUAAUUGGGCGAAAAAUCUUAUCACGGACUCGCUGUACAUUUCAAAAUAGUUGUUGUAAUUUUGAAUCUAUGUCUGUUAUCCAAUCCCAAUUUUAACAUUACUUAAAGUUGAUAUACGUUGCAAAUUAUUAUACUUGAAAUUGUCGGUUCCAAAAACCUCAUUAGACGAAAAGGGGGCACUUCAAAGUGCAUUUCGCAUCUCAAAAAAAUAAGUGGCACUAUCUCGAGUUCGUUUUUUUAAAAAUAAUUAACAAAACUACAUCACGCUAUCAUUUAACAAAAGUUAACGUAUUAGCGAAAUUUCAAAAAAUUCGUAACUUACCUGUUAAAUGCUUUGUUUGAAAACCAGCUUAAAUAAGAAUCAAAAUAAUUAUGACUGUUUUAAAAAUGUAUAAGGACUGCAUUGACGAAAAAUAAACUUUUCAAAAAUGUGAACUAUGAUUUAUAUUUAAAAAAUACAUUGUUAUUACAGCAAAACAAAUUAGUAACUGACUACACUGACUUUUAAAUAUUAUCUUUUGUAAUGAGUCGAUAAUUUGUUCAUAAGUCGAAAACAUAACACAACUUAUUUUCUAAAAAAAUAAACUGGGGAAUGUACCUUUCAUUUUUUUGUACACACUUUUUCGUCUAAAGUCGGUAAAAUUUGUUGGACACGACGCAACGACAGUUACGUUUUUACGUUAUUAAAUUAUUCAUGUUAAUGUUAUAUAAAGUGUAUCCCAGAAUUUAUAAUAAAUGUAUAUUUAUUUAACACAAA